UCAGAAGAAGGCUGGGGCGCAAGGGGUCCCCCCACUUUCCGCUCGCGGCGCACGAACGGCUAAUGGACGUAGAGCUCAGAGGUGCCUGAGGACCUCCCAAUGGGGUGGCUUUGCUCUGAGGUCAUCUUUCCCGUGAGCUGCCUGAUCCUGGUAUGGGUGGUCAGCUCUGGCAGCAUGAAGGUUCUGCAGAAGCCCACUUGCUUCUCCAACUACAUCAGCACCUCCACUUGUGAGUGGGAGAUGGAGCGCCCCACCAACUGCAGCGCUGGGCUGCUCCUCUCAUACCAGCUGCAGAAGUUUCUGUUUCUUGAACGCGGCUCCUGUGUCCCGCAGAACAAGGAAGAGGCGCGGUGCGUUUGCACUCUGCUUAUGGACAGCCCGGACUUCUAUGACAACUACAGCCUGAGACUCAGCGCUGGGCCCCAGCUGCUGUGGGAAGACUUCUUCCAGCCCAGCCAGCACAUCAUACCCAGGGCGCCGGAAAACCUCACGGUGGAGAAGAAUGUCUCUGAUCACCUGCAUUUCACGUGGAGUAACCCCUAUGCCCCUAACGACAACCUGUACUCGGAGCUCACCUACCUGGUCAACAUCUCAAAUGAAAACGACCCCUCAGAUUUCAAAGUGCAUGAGGUGAACUACACAGGAUCCUUCCUGAUACUGCCGGCCAAGUUCCUAAAGUCUGGGGUCCACUACAGGGCGAGAGUGAAGACCCGGGCUCUGGAGUACAGUAGCUCCUGGAGCGAAUGGAGCAACAGCUGCACCUGGUACAACAACUACCAGGAGGACACCCUGAAUCAGCAGCUCCGGCUCGGCGUCAGCAUCUCCUGUGUCCUUAUUCUGGCCGUCUCUGUGUCCUGCUACUUCCUCGUCCUCAAGAUUAAGAAAGAAUGGUGGGACCAGAUUCCCAACCCCGCCCACAGCCCCCUGGUGGCCAUCAUCAUCCAGGACACUCAGAUGUCACUAUGGGGGAAGCUGUUCCGAGACCAGAAGCCACCCAAGAGCCCACGCUGGAAAACGUGCCUCGCCAAGCUCCUGCCGUGUCUGCUGGAGCCGCUGGAGCCAGGCAAGGAAAGGGAAGAGUCUCUCCCCAAGGCGGCCCAACAGGGGCCUCUCCAGGGCCCUGGAAAGUCAGCCUGGUGCGCUGUGGACCUCAGCAGGACGGUGCUGUGGCCGGAGAGCAUCAGCGUGGUACAGCGGGUGGAGCUGCUGGAGGCCCAGGUGGCGGACAAGGAGGAGGAGGAAGAAGUGGAGGAGGAGGACUAUAAAGGGAGCCUCCGCCCGUCCCCAGACAGCAGUGCGCUCAGCUUCCAGGAGGGGCGGGCGGGCAUCGCGGCCCGGCUGACUGAGAGCCUGUUCCUGGACCUCCUGGGGUGCCAGGAGGAGGCCUUCAGCCCGCAAGGUUCGGGGGACUCAGUCCCUUCCUCGCCACUGCGAAGCAGGACCACCCAGGCGCCCUGGGUGCCGUUGCCAGGCACUGAGCCCGAGCCGGCAGCUCUGCAGGGCACCGGCCCAGAGCUGUCCAGCCAGCCUCUCGCAGAGGUGCCCGCGGUCGUUGCAGACAACCCCGCCUACCGGAGCCUCAGCACGUUGCUAAGCACGUCCCCGGGCCCGGGAGCGCCGGCCUCGGACCCGCGGCUGGCCGAAUCCCCGGGGGAAGCCGACGCACAGGUCCCCUCCACCCCUGAGCCCUCCGAGCAGCCCGGAUCUCUGCAGCCGGAGACCUGGGAGGAGAUUCUCCGCCAGCGCGUCCUGCAGCACGGGGCCGCCCCGGCCCCCACCCCGGCCAGCGGUUACCGCGAGUGGACGAGCGCAGUAGGGCAGCCGGGCGCCCAGCUCGGCCAGACGGCCGCCUGCAGCCCCGCAGCAGGAGAGGCUGGGUACAAGGCCUUCUCCAGCCUGCUCCCCAGUGGCGCAGCCUGCCCGGGAGCACCAGGGGUGGAGGCCAGCAGUGGGGCGGGAGGCUACAAACCCUUCCAGAAUCUCCUUCCUGGCUGCCCUGGGGCCUCUGUCCCUGCGGGGAUCCCGCGGUUCACCUUUGGACUAGACAUAGAGCCCCCUCUCAGCCCACAGGACUUCCUCUGUCCAAGCAGGUCCCCGGAGCAUCUCGGUCUGGGGCCUGGGGGGAAGGGUGGGGACAGCCAGAAGCCACCGCUCUCCCCAGAGCAUCCUGGGGACUCCCUCCGGGAUGACCUGGGCAGUGGCAUUGUCUAUUCAACCCUCACCUGCCACCUGUGUGGCCACCUGAAGCAGCGUCACGGCCAGGAGGAGCGUGGCCAGCCCCAGGCCAUGGCCAGCCCCUGCUGCGACUGCUGCUGCUGCGGGGACAGGUCCUCGCCCCCAGUGAGUCCCCAGACCUCCCCAGCAAGUGGGCUUCCAUGGGCAGCUGGUCUCUCGUCAGCAUCCCCAGCUCCCUUGGGGGUCUCUAAAGAAGGUCAGUCCUUACUGGCCUUCCAGUCUUCUCUCAACCAAGCUCAGAGCUCAGACCAGCCCCCCAAGGUGGCGGCCAUAGCUUCCACAGAAGCCCUAUGCAUGAAGGUGCCGUAAGUGUGCCACCUGUCUUUGGAUGCCCCCCUCCCCCAGCCCCAUACUGGGCUUCUUAUCCACACCUGGAAAAGGCCACCACCAGGAAGGCAAGUUUCUGCAAGACUUAGAACCCUGCCCGUCCUGGGGACUACAACAAGACAAUGGCUGGGCCCAUCACAGGGCCCCCACACCGCCCCCUGCCCUGAGACCAGGGGUACUGGGCAGCUGGGGCCCAACAGGGCUCCGUUCAUGGGGCCUGGCACUGUCCCCAGCUGUGUGUCCCUGUCCUGCGGGCUCCACAUUCCACACACAGCUCCACUGUUGCCCUGUCACACUCAGGCCUGAGGUCCGCAGUCCCUCUCCCGGAACUGGGAACUGGUCUAGAAAUGAACAAGUUCCAAUAGAGGAAAUAGGAUGUGAGGUGGGGGGCGCAUUUCAGCCCAGGGAGGGUGGUUGCCACCCCCUCUGGAGUGGCCAUUCAUGCAGCAGUGCUUGACAGAGCUCACCGUGGAGACAGAGUCCGGGCUCUCAGGUGGCACUUUGUCACAAGCAGCAAGGAGGUUCCCACCUGUGGCUGCCCUCACCCUCCCUGUCCCCUCCCCCCACCCCCCACUGAGUGUUGGUCCCAGUCCCCUGGCCAGUCUAGGGCCAGGCAGUGUGGAAUCAGGAGAGUUACUCCCUGUUGUCUGUGCUGUGGACGGUGGGUGGGAGGAGGUGGGAUUUGUAGAAAAUAAAGGCUUUUUUUAACUUUU